UUAGCGUCACGUGUCCACAGGUGUGCACGUGAUACUCGCGUAUCUCCGGGUGUGCCAUGGAGCUGAUGAUGUGUGUGAUCAUGGCGCUCGUGUCUGCAGCUGGCUGCUCGGCAAGGAGUCCCGCGGUGCGCCCCGCGAGCCGCAUCGUGGGGGGCUUUGAGGUGGUCCCGCAUUCGCUGCCCUUCCAGGUGUCGCUCCUCUACCGGGGGUCCCACAUAUGCGGAGGAGCACUCAUCGCGCCCUCCUGGGUCCUGACCGCCGCACACUGCUACAAGGACGUGAACCAGCUGAAGGUGGCGCUGGGCGUGCACAGGCGCUCGGAGCACGAGAGCACGGAGCAGGUGCGGUUCGUGAACCUGGCGGUGAAGCAUCAGGCCUACAACGAGGUCACCAUGGACAACGACCUCCUGCUGCUCAAGCUCAAAAGCCCGGCACAGGUGACGAGGGGCGUGGUGGGGCUGGUGGCCCUCUCUGAGAGGGCCGUGGCCCCGGGCACGUCGUGCUUUGUGUCUGGCUGGGGAAUAACGGCCGAGGGAAUCGACGUCCUGUCCGACCAGCUCAUGGCCGUCGCCGUGCCUAUUGUGGAGCAGAGGGUGUGCAGUUCCUACUACAGCGGGCAGGUCACCGACGGCAUGCUGUGCGCCGGCAUGGAAGAGGGUGGCAAGGACUCGUGCCAGGGUGAUUCGGGGGGACCGUUGAUAUGCAACGACAAGCUCGUUGGGGUGGUGUCGUGGGGGGAGGGCUGCGCACGUCCACACUUCUUCGGGGUCUACGCCAACGUGUCGCGGUACGUCUCGUGGAUCCGGAAGACGAUGGCGACUGCCCGCGACUACCGGCCUUGUGACCACCGCCGCCCGUGACUUAACCGGCCUUGUGACGACCGCCGCCCGGGCACGUUGAUAUCGUCUCGUCCGUCAUGCUUCGGUCAUUCGCGGGCAGUUGGCCAGUCGCGCUGUCAUGGUCAUUGUUGACUGAAAAUAAAAAAAAAUGCAUAUAUAUUUUGCUCGCGAAAUAUUUACGUUACUGGAUUAGCAAAAAUUAACACCGUCCUCCGCACCGGAUCAACUUGGUGACCACGUGGGCCAGUGUGUCCCGUCUGUGCACGGUACUUUUGCCGUGCAAUUUUUCUCUUGCACCAUUUUACAGCCCGGCGUCAGAACUUCUGUGGCGAUGCUCGCUUACACUUGCACCGUGCCACGGUAUUGGCCUCCUCGAAAAGCAAGAACAACUUCGGGAGGCAUGAGGGGGAACCACAGACAAGCGGGGAAAGGCAGCCACGUUGUAAGCUAGCGCCAAAUAACUCCCCCCCCCCCCCCCAAUUAGCCAAUUAGUGGGUGUUUACAUGUGGGAGGAAAUAAACGUGUGUGGGAAGGAGCGACUCUAUCCGAUGCAGAUGGAAGCGGUAGAGGCCACGCUUACUCCUACCGUCUGCUCCUGGCGAGCGAGGGUAUUUCGCCACCUCGACGCCCACGGGAAGGGAGUAUCACAACUUUUGCCCGAUCUCCCAACCCUCGCUGCCUCCAUACAUCUGUGUGAUCCAACUACAGUUUCCAGCGUGGGACAACACAAGCACAGGACUUGUAUUUUUUUUUUAAUUUUAAAUCUAAUUUAUUGCGGUGUUUAGCCAACAAGUGGUAUGAUACAUAUAUAUAAAAAAAAAAUCUGUUUCUAUUAAUUGCGCACGUGUUUUAUUUAAUUGUUGCGUGGAUUAACGUAGAUUUUUCCGUUGCAUUCACAGCAGGGUUGGACCUUUUGGUUUUCCGGGGUCCCAGGAAGCCCUCCUCAAUCAGCUCGGCUCGCUUGCUGGAGUCUCACUCGACAAUAUUCAAUAUUCCCUCGUUAUUUACGAACUUGCUAUCAGCGAUUUUGGGCUAUCCGCGAAUCGCCCCUGGAAUUCAACACGACUGCUGCAUCGAGAGAUAAAGUGAUGAGAGAGAAUGCGGUGAGAGAUGAGGUCACGUAGUUAAAACAUAAUAUUAUGUUUAUUUUUAUUAUUUUAAUUCCAUUCUACGUGACUUUACCGAAAGAACCAAGAAGAUGAAUCCCUGCAGUCACGAAAGCUUUAAAUCGAAAAUGAGAGAGCCUAUUUACGUAUUUAUUUAAGGUAACGCAUUAAAAAGUUAGGCUUUCGUGGUCCAUUGUCAUCGUCUGCAAAAUGUUUGAUUCCCGAGCAUCUACGCAAGAUAUCCCUCGCAAAUAACGAGGGAAUGGUGUAUUUCAUUGGCGUUAUUGACUGGGCCUGACUCUUGCAAUCUUACAAAGUCUAACCAACCCCAGACAUCUGAUGUCCUAUAAAUGCACGUUGUAUAUUAAGGCGUUAGAAUCGGAGCAAUGCGGGACAUCUCAACGUGAACAAUUAACAUUUAAACAAAUCUCAAACGUCACUAAAAUUUAGAUCGGGAAUGUGUCUCUUCAUCCACGGCAUCAUCUUUGCCACGUUCGUGUAAAAACUGCUCUUGACGUUCUUCCCACAUUGCUGCGCCACUCCCCCAGCCACGAUGCCAACCUGUUGUGGAACGAACACAACAUCGGUUUAACACGCAAGGGGCUUUCGUGAACAAUAUCAUCCGGAGGUUUUUUAUUUAUUUUUAGAUUUGAUCCCGUAGAUAUCAAUGUGUCGUGCAACCUGCCACCACCCCGACAUUGCCAAUUAGAAAGAUUUGUGGCUAUCGAAUUUGAGCCAAAUGUGGCUGUCACCUGAUGAUGCUAGUUGCAAUUACUGGUGGAAUGUACUCGAAUUGUAAAUGUGUUUUUACUCUCCCACCACACCGGUGUGCUGUACUGGUAAUGAAUUGGCAUGUUCUGUUUGUGACAAACUUUACUAAUUGGCUGUGUCGGGUGGUGGCGGGUUUAAUGACACAUUUAAAUGUAUGCGAUCUAACCCAAAAAAAGUUAUGUAAACACAACCUUCUUCAGGACAUUUUUCGCGGGCACCCCAUAACGUCCUAUGACGGUGAAGUGCGUUUGCUCCUCGACUUUGUUUAAAAAGAAUACCAAAGUAAUAAUUAAUAUCCCAUCCAUUUCCUAACAGGCCUCCUAAAUUCACCACUUGAACAGUACAAAUGUGGUUUUCAGUUUCGUGUUCUUGAAAAAAAAUACAUUUUGAAAGAUAUUUCCAGCAGUUAGCCUUGAUAGCAAAUCGAGAUGGUGUCAUUGCAAUAAAAAAACUGAAACUUCUCUUUUCCAAAUGCAUAUUCAAUUGCACCGUAACACCCAGGGUUAAAUACUAAAGAACAGGGCUAAUAUAUUAGUACUUGAAUUUCUACUACACCCAUAACUCAACAUCUUUAAGGAAUAAUUUUUACCAUGGGAUUCCGCUCCCCCUGCCGUUCGGCUGGCAGCUGCCCCCACGUAGCAAGAGGCGACCACAAUACUGGCCUGCAAGUGGGAAUUAAGUGCCAGGAGCAGAGGUGAUGUUGCUACUGGUUAUUCCAAUUAAGUAACUUGCAAGUAUUUUUUUUUCUAAUUGGGCAAAUUUUGAUCAUGACGCAGGCACCACGUGACCUGCUGUUUUUUUUUUCUAUGUCACCGGAUCUCUUAAUGUCCAUUGUAAAGCAGAGGGUGCCCCCUAAGACAAACCGGCAAUGCCCAGGUGUGUUUUGAAAUCACCUGUAUCCAUCUUCUGUUUUUUUGCAAAACAAGAGGGCCUCCGGAAUCGCCUGCACACAACCGGAGUGGGUAGGGGGGGGGGGGAAUGGAGGCAUUUAUAUUUCAUGCUGUUGCCUUUUCCCUCCCCCCCCCAUUUCAUGGCAACUGUGCUGUUGGUGUCAUGCUGCUAGACACGUCUGCUGAGACCUCGCGCAGAGUGAUGCAUCGUGCUUUUGGGGAAUGAUCUGUGGUAGGAGAUGCCGCAACAACUAAUUCAGAGAUCUAUUUCAGUGACUUUUGCUUCCGAUGCUUUGGUAUGUAAAUGUUGAACUUCUUUCGCAGCGUACGUAGCCAAUCGUGCUGAUCAGAGGUGUGGGGGAAGGAC